AUGGGCCCCUGUACCGCCUCCUCAUGCGGCUGCCAGGCCCGUAAUCUGCCAUGGGCCCCCAUACCAACUCCUCAUGCUGCUGCCAGGCCCGUAAUCUGUCAUGGGCCCCUGUACCGCCUCCUCAUGCUGCUGCCAGGUCCAGAGUGUGUCAUGGGUCCCUGUACGGCCUCCCAUUGCUGCUGUCUCCAUCGCCACACUCUGCCAUGUGCCACUUUCAGGUCUCCUCACACUGCUGGUGGUUUCCAUUUUUGUCAUAGGGUGCUGUAUGGCCUCCCAUUGCUGCUGCCUCCACCGCCACACUGUGGCUCCACACUCUGGUUUUGGCCCCGUGACUGCCCAAAUGAGUGAAGUGUGCGGUGAUUCUAAGAUCGACGGCACUCAUCUGCAUGUCAUACUGACUGUCAGUAUUAUUUCUCUUCCCCAGCAGACUCCAAGGGCAUUUAAAUUAAAGGUACAGUGUUCUGCACUAAUAUAA